CAGCAAAUAUUAUAAUACAUAAUUCAAUUUAGAAUUUAUUGCCUUAUACUGCUCUAUAUGCUCAAGCCCACUAGAGAGCAGGCGCAGGUGCUGCACAACGCCGCAUAUCUUAUUAUCGAUAUGCUUAAGAAGUAACAACAGCUGUUAUGAGCUGGGCUUUGUAAUCAAGCGGAGAAGGAAAAUUAGAAACGGGUUACUGUUAGUAUAGAAACUUUGAGGCGAAUAGCAGCAACGACGCACACAAGUUGAACCUGAAUUAAGUUAACUACAAAUAGAAUUGUAAUUAUAAUAAUUCGCAAACGGUCCAUUUGAAAUUGCAUGUGCGGGGGUGUGUCAGCGUGAGACAGUAAGCAGCAGAAAUAUAAGCAAACAUGUCUAUGAGUAAUUUAUCAGUAGACCGCGAGCUCCGUUAUAUUAUUCAAUGGUUUAACGAAUGGAGUGAACUGCAACGCGAUGAUUUCGUCUAUGUGUUAAUAGAGUAUCUCACUAGUGCAGGCGAAGCUGGACGUGCUGGCAGUACCUAUGUAAAUGGCGUCGUCAAUUCCCUGGCCACGUCGAAUGUGCAGGAAAAGCCCAUGAGUCUUUUUCAAUGCCGCAUUAAACUGUUUCGACAAUGGAGUCCCAAAUGGCCGAUCGAGUUCAAAUGCAAACUGCAAGAGAAAAUCAGUGAGCUGGACCCAAAAGUAGGGGAAAAAAUCGUCAAUGAACUGAAGACCCCACAUUCUAUGCACAAUGGUGAUGUAUCUGUGAAUUUAAAUGUAAAUGGGACUAGCGGCAACGGGCACUCUGAAUUGGAGCAAACGACAGCAGACCUAGAAAUGUUGCCAAGUACAAUAGAAACGCAGCCAACAGCAGCCGCAGCAGAUGCAGCAAACGAUGUCACCGUUCAGACUUUAGAGACAGUUAACGAUAACCAUUUAGCAGCGGUGUUGCGUCAAGAAACGCCAGUUGAUGAUGAUGAUGACGACCAGCUCGCUAGCAAUGAUAGCAAUUCUGAUACUAAUGGCAUGCAUGCGUUGUCGGCUGCAGUGACAACAAUUGCGGUGAAUACAUUCCCGUCAGAGCAGUCGCAGCCUCAGCAGCAGCAAUCGGAGCCGACUAUCGAACCUGUAGAACAGGUAGAGAAUAACGUUGCAGCCAGUGUCAUUGUCUCUGUAGCUGCUGCGCCAGAGGUAGUCCCGGUGGCAUAGAUACACGGGUGCUUGUGGCGCUUCUUAUAAGAGCAAGCGAGAAAAAAGAAAAGUAAAGGCUUAUUCGAGCAGUUAGGCACCACAUAAGCAUAGCAUUGUACGCCAUCAGAAUCAAUACAUUCCAUAUAUGCACAUUUCUAGAAAGUAACACAUUAAACAUACAUAUGUAUAUUAAGCGAAAGAUCAGUUCAUGUCAUUUCUGCAUUUGUGUUUAGAUUAAGUUGACUUACUAAAUAUGUUAGUAAUACUUUAAGUACAAUAUAUGAUCAAAAUAUAUAUUC